AUGGGCAUCAAACGCAAAGCAUCAGUCCUCAUCGAGGACUUCAAUGCUCCUCCAGACACACUGCCGGUCUACGCACCACCAGUCUACAACAUGUACACCAAUGCCACCGCCGGCAGCAGCAGUCCCCUGACAUCUCCAUUACCCACUCUAUCGUCCCCAUCGUCCGCGAGCACGGUAUCCGAGGACGCGUCGUCAUCGUCACUCCAUCAUCAUCCCCCCUCCUCCGUUUCAUGCUCUCCAUACAAUUUCUGGACGAGACUCAACGACCAAAGCAUCCCAUACCUCAACAGUCGAACACGCAAGAGAUACCGCGAUGGCCGACCGGACGACGAAACGAUCCAUGAAACCACGUUGAAGAAACUCUACGAUGCUCAGAGACUGCAUUUGGAUGAAACUCUGCCCAUGCCAACAGACCUAGACCGAGAUCUAGACAUGGAUAUGGAUAUGGACAUGGGCUUGGACUUGGACGACAAUGUCGGGAUGUCGCUGGAUGUCCGUAACAACCACUACUACCUCUACCACGAGCACAACCAUCGGCAUUUAAUCGAGCGACGACAUGGAAAAAUGAUCCCCGAUAAUGGCAACUUGGCCAAUGGCAUGAUAGGCAUACAACAUCGACGCAAGGACCACGGCCACCCACCGGUUCUUGUUGCCGCUGCAGAGGGUGGCGGUGGGCCGAAUCAGACGACCAUCGAUGCCUUUUUCAGGCGAAAGGCAGCAGUUUGA